GGAAAUUGGCCUGAACGCCUCUUGUCUUCGUCUACGCGGCGACCAAUGUUCUUGGGUCUCUUUGAUUGAAUUGUUGUCUCACAGCUGUAGAAGUAAAUACUUGAGAGAGACGACUCUACUUGACAUGUUUGACUUCACUUCGUGCGUGGGUUCCAAAAUAGAAGUUGCUAGCUCCUCGCAAGCAACCGCUUCUGGUGAGAAUCCUGCUGGAAUUGGAAUACGACAAUCUACGCAUACUUUAUGCUUAUUCUUCAUCUCUCACUCCCAUCUCCAUCUCACCACUUCCCCGAACAAUCCACCAUAUACCACAUGUUUACUCAGACACCAUUGUGGCAUCGAUUUCCAUCCGCCGAUUCGUAAAGAUGACUUCAUCUCUACAGAUUUGCGCAUCAAUCGCUGAAAUUGUUCAUCGCAAGAAUGCGUUGCGACAAGCGUCGUCGGGUGCCAAUACCUGAUCCCGGCGUGGUCAAGGUUGUUUCCUUCAGAUCUCAACACCCACCUAGCGUAGGCUGCGUAGCCCAAGACUUGGCCGACCCAUGACCCCAUCAAAAGGAUAAAGGAUGCUCCUCGCACAACUUGCCAAUUGGCGAUGGUUGUCACCAUUGAACAUCUCCAUCUCCACUUCCACUCCAGUCCUCAGAUUCGGAUCCGCGGGUACGGAGCGUACUCAGGUACUGUGCAUGUAAAGGAUAGUGCUGUAACACAUGGCGUAUGGCCUUGUGGAGUUCAUUUCUUCAUUCCAGGGCACCACCGUUUCCAACCACCAUACCCGCUUGCACAGCCUCCUCGAGACAAACGCAACCAUGGCCUCGAGACUCAAGAAAGCUUGUGCCAAUCUGAUGACGGCUGGAAUGCCACUUACGGAUGCAGCCAAAUUGGAUCUUCAGGAACCCUCCUUUCAACUCUUGGAAUUGAUAAUUAUAGGAAUAAACAUUCACAAUAAAUUCACCAUCACCGCAGUUGUCAAUUGUCCACUUAUUCAAGGGGGCCCUAAGACCCCGAGGAUACCUGACCAGUAUGAGGUCCCCGCGGCAAACAAAUGGGAUGGGAUGGGUCAUCAUGGAUGAAUGUCAUGCCAUGUUGCUCAAACCUAGACUGUGAUUGAUGAAGCGACAGGUGUAUCAAUCAGGUCGGACCUCGUCUGGAUUCCGUUGCCUGCCAACAGGAAACUAGUGGCCAGAGCAAUUGUUCCGUGUUUACAAUUUUACCUUCUCACGAGUCUCAAAACUCGGAAGUCCUCGAGAAUUGGUCUUCUGUCACUUUAUGAUUUCCUGCUUCCAUGUUGAUCUUCCGAUCUUCCAGAUGAAAGAAAAGUCUUUCCACCCAAAUCUAUUUUUGGACCUGUCAAAGAAGUGGACGUUGAUCACGAGAACGUCAGGUGAUAUGGAACUCUUCGUCCUUGAGGAGGUGAAAUUGUCGAUGAGUUUUCAACUUUACAUUGGAAAAGCUGUACAGAUGUCUAGGAAUACCCCGGUGAAGCUUUACCAUUGACUCUGUAGUGGGGAUGAUGUCGUUUCCUCGGUUCUUAUUGUUUUCUCAAUCCCCGCCGCUUUUCCCUGACAGGUAGUUGAGCAUGUGUACCUAGGUAUCAUUGGUCGUGGUUAACACUACCUAUUAGAUCAAUCUAAAAUAUGGAAGUCCUUUAUUUCGUGUUCUAUACUCGUAGAUCGUAUCGCUCUUGACUAUUAUCCCCGUUUUGUUGGCCAAUAGCAACCCCGCGGACCGAUAAUCUGGUCAGGGCCUUCGUAUCUCUUUGACAUCACAUACAUCCUUGGCAUCAGAACGCUCAUCUACAACACCAUGCCCAAUCGACUUCCACGCCUUCCACGCCUCACACCGUGUGUCCGAGGUACUAUCCGACCUAUACGGCUACAUCAAACAAGAUCGUUUGCAUCCUGUUCACGAUGUCACACCGAUGGCGUCUACGGGGAGCUUACAGCCAUGCGAACGCGAACGCCCUUCAUUGAGGCGUUACGGGCACAGCAGAAUGAAACGAAGACCCCCAAUUCAACGUCUGCUGAGAAGAAACCUCGAGAAUUGACACCAAAGACGAUGGCUGAUAGCUAUCAUCGUGUUGUGAGUCACAUGACAAGCAUUUCUUGAUCCAGAACUGACAGGCUGGAAGAUAUUGCCGUUGGCCAGAGAUCCGUGGCUUCUGGACUCGUAUAUCAAUGCUUCCGGUCACAUUCGACUGGGUACAUUGUUUAUGGACCUAGAUGCUCUUGCUGGAGUUGUGGCUUAUAAGCACACUGGUGAUUCCGUUAUGACAGUGACUGCUGCUGUUGAUAGAAUCACGCUUCAACGUCCCUUGAGUGAGAUCUGUGAUUUGGAACUUAGUGGUCGAGUUACAUUUGCUACAGGAAGAAGUAGUCUGGAAAUCUCCUUACAAGUUGCCAAAGCAGCGAAAGAAGGAGAAACAUCAAAAGAGGAAGAUAUUCUCCUGACCUGUGCAUUCACCAUGGUAAAUUUAAAUCUUGACACUCUCACUCAAGAUACGCAAUAGUGGUUGACAACUCCCCAGGUCUCUCUGGAUCCAGAAACCAAAAAACCAGUUCAGAUCUCCCCGCUCACCCCAACCACGGCAGAAGAAAAGACUAUCUUUAGUGAAGGAGAAAAGAACUACAACCUCAAUAAAGCCGCCUCCAAACUAGCUCUGAGAAAACAAACACCCAACGAUGAAGAAUCAGAUCUCAUCCACGCCCUCUGGCUCCAACAACUAAGCUGGCACGAUCCAAACACCGAUACCAGGAGACCAGACAACGCUUUAAGCAUGGCCAGCACCCAAAUCCAAAGUGUUCAAAUCAUGCAGCCCCAAUUGUGAGUUCCUCCCCUUGUUUAAACCUCUUCCCCAAACCCCCCCUUCACAAAGUAACAUAAGAAAAGUCGCAACCGCCAUAACUUCAUGAUCUUCGGUGGUUUCCUCCUCAAAACCACGUUUGAAUUGGCAUUCACAUGCGCCUCCUCCAUGUCUCACACCCGUCCAACAUUCAUCGCUCUCGACCCGUCGACAUUUGAGAAUCCCGUGCCUGUAGGCUCGGUUCUGUAUCUGACGGCUACAGUAGCGUACACGGACUCGCCCCUCCUUGCGGCAGGAAUGAAAGGAAGUGAAACAGGGAGAUUAUUGAAGGAGCAGAAAGUGAGUGGGGAGGGGAUGACGAGGGUGCAGGUUAGGGUUGAUAGUAAAGUCAAGAGUAUGGAUCACGAUGGCGAAACCAAAGGAACGGGGGUGUUCAGUAUGUUUUUCUCUUUUCUCUGUUCUUCUUUCAUUCUCCCUCCUCCCUCCUCCCUCUUCAUGAUAAUUCCCUUCUUCCUUCCUCGCCCCAAAUAGUGCAAGACUGACUACUACCACAGAUUACACCUUCGAAGUAAAACGCGAUAUCAAAGUCAUACCCGAGACGUAUGCGCAAUUCAUGAUGUUCCUCGAUGCGCGACGUCGAUCGUUGCUUUUGAAUCAUCAUACUGAGAAUGGACAGGGGAAGGGUGGGUUGAUGACUUAGGAAACUUCCUACUGUAUUUCCUUUUACUGAGCUUCCUUGUUGUCUGUGUAUAUUAUUGGUACCUACAAUCAAACUCAAAUGCCAAAAAGUUUCGAUCGAG